AUGCCCGCCCUCCCACUCCGCGUGCACCUGCUAGCCCCGCGCACACAUCACCCUCGGCGCGCGUUACAAAUAGGUUACAUUUUCAGAGUGAUUUCGCCGCGGCGCCCACGGGGAGAGGAGGGGAAGGCGCUCGCUCGCAGCUUCACCUCCUUCCCGCCGCCGACCGCGGGCUCCGGGCCGGGCCGAGCCGAGCACGGGCUGCAGGUGCAGAAGCCCCCUGGCCGGCGCGAGGGGCUCGGCGGUCGCUUCUUCGGAACUCUAGCCUCAAAUCUCCCACCGGAGUGCCCACUGGGGUCCUCACGGCGCGGCCCUCGCAGCGCCCGCCUGCGCGUCCGGCCCCUCUUUGCGGGAGCAAACGUCCGUGAGUUGCUCUCGAUGCCCCCGUGGGCUGCGUCCAGAGUGGAACCAGCCUCGUGGACAAGCGUCGAGCCCCGCGGGGGCAAGCGCGGCGGCGAGCUCCCGGGAGAGGCGGCGAACUGGGACGCAGAGGCGGAAGGCGGCUCCGCGGGCCCGCCGCCGCCGCCGCCCGCCCAGCAGCUGGGCUCGGCCGCCUCAGCCCCCAGGACUUCCACCUCUUCAUUUUUAAUCAAGGACAUUUUGGGCGACAGCAAACCUCUGGCGGCAUGUGCACCCUACAGCACCAGCGUCUCCUCCCCGCACCACACCCCGAAGCAGGAGGCCAACGGGGCGCACGAGGGCUUCAGGCCAAAGCUGGAGCCCGAGGACAGCAAAAGCAAACUGGACAAGCGGGAGGACCCCCAGAGCGACAUCAAAUGCCACGGAACAAAGGAGGAAGGAGAUCGGGAGAUUACGAGUAGUCGAGAAAGUCCCCCUGUGAGAGCCAAGAAGCCUCGAAAAGCCAGGACCGCUUUCUCCGACCAUCAGCUCAAUCAACUGGAACGCAGCUUUGAGCGGCAGAAAUACCUGAGCGUGCAGGACCGCAUGGACCUGGCUGCCGCACUCAACCUCACUGAUACCCAGGUCAAGACUUGGUAUCAGAACCGCAGGACCAAGUGGAAGCGGCAAACGGCGGUGGGCCUGGAGCUGCUGGCCGAAGCCGGCAACUACUCAGCGCUGCAGCGGAUGUUCCCGUCGCCCUACUUCUACCACCCCAGCCUGCUGGGCAGCAUGGACAGCACCACGGCGGCCGCUGCCGCCGCCGCCAUGUACAGCAGCAUGUACCGGACUCCGCCGGCGCCCCACCCCCAGCUGCAGCGGCCCCUCGUGCCCCGCGUGCUCAUCCACGGCCUGGGGCCCGGAGGGCAGCCGGCCCUCAACCCCUUGUCCAACCCGAUCCCUGGCACCCCGCAUCCCCGGUGAGGAUGGAGCAGCCACGCAGCCGGCCCGUCCUCCCUCCCUCCCAGCCGGACUGGACCGCUGCCCUUCCUCUUCCCGCCCCAGGGCGCCGAGCCCCCAGGGAGGCCGAGAAGAGGACAGGGACGGGGGACAGAAGGGGGCCAGCCCUCGCCCGCUCCGUCUCCCCACACCCAGAGGUAGGCCUGGAAAGCUCUUGGCGAAAACGCUGACCCCACACAAAGCACGACCAGUAAGUGAAAACGCCAACAAAAACAAACCUCAAGUUCUUUCAGAACGUGGCUUUAGGGACACGGGGCCGGGGGAGGGCAGGAGGAGGGCCCAGAGGCGCAGAGGAGCCACCUGGCCUGCGGGAGCUGCAGACACGACAAGGACCGGCCGCCAUGGCAGGGGCGUCGUGGACCGGGACAUUCGGCCUGCCCCCAAGCAAAGAGGAGGGUGACUGAGAACUUUGCACUGAUUCUCAUGACCUUUUUUCUUUCGGAAAAGUGGCAUGCUCCAUAAUAUGAAAAAAAUGUACAUUUGAAAGACUGAGUGAUAAGUGAUAUAUCAUAUUUAUUAUAUGUUGUCCAAAAAAAGAGUCACUUAUAUACGUUAGUAAAAACAUGAUUUUUCUUUUCA